AUGAGGGGUGGGUUGUCCUGGCCAUUUCAGGUUAAAGGGGUUCUCCAGGCAUUUUCGUUAAAGCUUCUUUCACACUGUCGGCAGGAGUUCCGGCAGGCUAUUCCGGCAGAGAACAGCCAGCCGAAGCUCUCUGGGUCCAGCAUUACUGGGCGAUACCAGAAUGGCCGCCGGACCCCACUAUAGUCAAUGUGGCCUGCGGGCAUUCCAGUAAUGUCCGGCAAUGCUGUAUCCAGAUAGCUCUGACAGGCUGUUCUCUGCCGGCAGUGUGAAACUAGCCUAAUCCAUAGUUGCUAAUAACUUGUGGAAAGAAGAUGUUUAACAUAGUACUUACCCCACUCCGCUGCUACCACCAUCUCCACUUGGAUCCCAGCCGGAUGUAACAGCUUCUUUUUCUGUAAAGCUGCAUAUGCAAGAAAAGAAGAGGCCACCUCCAGUCGGGACCUGGUGGAAGAGCCUGUGGAAGCGCAGUGAAGAUGGUGGCAUUAGCGGAGCAGAUGACGGGUGGAAAAAACAAUGGUGGGAUAAAAUCCCCGAUCCUGCAAAGAGCAGCUUGAGCACGGUGAUACAGAAUCAACAUGGCACUUCCAAUGAAACAUCCAAAUCAGCAAACCCGUGUGGAGGUUGUCUGAAGAACGUUUCCAAAGCCCAUGGGAAGCCUCAGGCAGACCAACAGAGGCAGAAGAUCAAGGUUAAGUACAAUAUCAGAGAAAACUGUACAUUAGAAAAAUAUACACUUGAGCCGGAGAAUGAAGUUGUCGUCGUUUCUUUUGAACUUUGCUCACAAGAAAAAGAAGACAGAAUCUUUUCAGUCUAUGAAGUCGUCUCAGAAAAUGAAGAUGCAUCUCAUCUACCGAGCAUCGACUCUUCUAUCUGCAGCACGUUUCACGAUAUUUUAAAUGACUCCUCCACCCCAGAGAUGGGAGCUUUUGAAAAUCUGACCACAGGAAAUAUAUUAUGGGGUUUUCAAACACAAGAGACACGUCUUCCAUCUUCUGAGAUCUUACCGGAGGUGGGAUGUCCUAGUCAUCGUUCUGAUGGAUGCUCUGUGGAAGAUCUCCAAAGAAUAGCCUGGACAUAUCGUCCUUACAAGGCUGAGGCAUGAUGAGGAAGACAGUUCAUCUUGCGUCCCAUCAGUCAGUAGAGGCACCAUAGGGAUCGGCUGUUUAUUCAUGAAUUUUAGCUAUAACAU